UAUCUUUGUCUUGGUUAUUGCUACCUCCAUAUACAGCGACAAUUGCACCUUCUUCACUAUUCACUCACUGCUUCCUUAGUAUAUAUUUCCACUUGAGCUUUCUCUCCUCUCUUCACUACUUCACUACAUACCUAUCAAACACCAUUCCUUAUUGAGUUCAUAUAUCACUAAUACUUUUGCAGUUAAGAUGAGGCUCUUGUUUGCUACUUUGCUUCUUUGCUCACUUCUUUUGAGCUCUUCCUUGUUGGAACCUGUUAUGGCUAAGCCCCUUUUCUGUGCCAAUAAAUGCAAGGCAAGAUGUGCUAAAGCAUCAGUGAAGGAUAGAUGCAUAAAAUACUGUAAUAUAUGCUGUACAGAGUGCAAGUGUGUGCCUUCAGGUACUUAUGGGAACAAGCAUGAGUGCCCUUGCUACAGAGACAGGAAGAACUCAAAGGGAAAACCCAAGUGCCCUUAAAAUCAUUCAUCGUGUUUUAAUUUUUUUAAGCUUUAUAAUUAAGGGAAAUAAAUACUUCUAUUGUAUGUGUGUAUGUGUGUUUAUUUUGGAGUACAUCAUAAUAAUGAGUUACUAGAUUCGUUAUUGAUCAAUUGAUCAUGUGUUUGUGUUAUGGGGAGAUAAGUGGAUUUGGAUUUCUGUAUGAUCAGCGACGGAGUCAGGUGUUGGGAGCCACCGCCCCUCCGGUCCUUCGUAAAAUUUUCUAAGGUGCUUGGUAUUCAUGAUGUACAAGAUUUUCAUAAAUUAUUUUUUUAUUGCUAUUGAAUGGCUUGUAUAUUCUUUUUGAAA